GGGAAGGGAAGGCUUGUUGUUGUGUUUUGAGAAUGAAGUCCGUCCUCGCCGCUCUCUUUGUCUAUCUCUCCAUCUCGCAGGGUACGCAGCGCAGCGCCAUGUUUCCAGGGACUCCUAAUGGGUGUUUCUUCACCGGUGUGCUACUCUGUCUGUUCUGUGUUGUGUGUGCAGGCUUCGCUGCCCCUGCAUCCAGCGCGUUUGUGUCCUCUCCUGGCGUGAAUGCGCUGACUCGGCUGCGUUCGCCUGCGAAGGCGGCGGCCGGUCGGCUGGACAUGAGCGUGUUCAACGAAGGCGUUGAGAAGUUUGGCAAGGACUUCGCCAUGCCAAAGAAGAUGGGAUUCGGGCCAACAGGUGGGUGAGCGCCACUCUCACUCACACAUGCACUGCUCCGUCCAGAUGUGCAGCGUGAGUGCUCAUCUUUCUGUGUGUUUUCUGUUGGCCACUCUCUCCUACCUACCUGUUCUGUGUGUCUGUCUGGUGUCUGCAUGUGCCCCCCAGCGAAUGCUGAGCGCUGGAAUGGUCGGCACGCGAUGGCGGGGUGGGUGAGUCUGCUGUUCAUUGCGUACGCCAAGUACACGGGGAACCCGAUCUUUGGCUUCCCCGGCCCCGAGGAGACCUUCAAGUGGAUUGCGUAUGGCGGCAAGGAGGCGGAGAUCCCUCUGCAGAACAUCUACGUGCUGGUGUUCAACGCCCACCUGCUGAUGAUAUCGCUCAUCGCCUUCCUCUUCAACGACUCGCUGCCGGACAAGUUCUGGUUCAGCGACGGUGAGGACGACGAGGAGCCCGCGGGACUCAUCCCCAGAUUCGAGCCGGGACUCACAAAGGGCGCUGAAAUGCUCAACGGGUCAGUGACGGAGGGAGGGAUGGAGGUCGAGAGUGGGCGGCAGAUGCACACUGUGUAUGAGUGGUAUCGUCUUUGUGUGUGUGUGUGUUGGUUGUGUUGCGUUGUGUCCACCAGGAGGUUGGCGAUGCUGGGUCUGGUAGUGCUGCUGGUGACAGCUUUCGGGACCGGCCAGUCGGUGGACCAGGUCAUGGACAAGGCCCUCGGCGGCCUGCUCAUUCCCAAGUAGACAGACGUCUCGACAGGAGGACGGAGGGACGGACUGACAGACGGCAGCCUGGCUACCUACCCUACCUACCUAUUGGUUUAGUUCUGCGGGUGGCUGGCCGGCUGGAUGGAUGGAUGGAUGGAUGGCUGUUUGUGUGUAGAGUAGCAAUCAAUGAGAGAUGGAUAUGGAUG